AUGGGCAUGAAAGGUAGAGUGGAUAUAGAAAAGGGUGAAGUGGGUGAAAGCACUGUUGAAGAAAGGAAAAGAACCCUCUGUACAGAGCUUUUGGAGGCCAGAUCACCUUUGAUUGUUUCAUGUUGCAUAUUCAAGGUUCCUGAGGUGUUACGAAGACAAAAAGAGAAGGCAUACGAACCUGACAUAGUCUCAAUCGGGCCAUUUCACCGAGGUGCUAAUGAAAAAUUUCAAAUCGUGGAAAAUGUGAAAAAAUGGUAUUUAAAAUGUCUUCUCGCUCGCCAGCUACCGAACCCGACAGGAUUGAGCUUGGAGGACUUGCUUGAAAGCAUGAGCCUAGAUAGCUUGACUGAAAGUAUGGAGAGCUUGGCUGAAAUGAUCAAGGGAGAGGAACUGGAUAAACUCGCCCGGGGUUGUUAUUCAGAUCCAUGCAAUCAUCUUGACCAAAACAACUUCAUAGAUAUGCUCAUACUCGAUGGUUGUUUCUUGAUAGAAUUAUUUCGGAAGGCAUUUGAUUCAUCAGGACACGAUAAUGACGACCCUAUUUUCAACGUGCCUUGUAUGCUCGAAUAUCUAUACCAUGAUCUUCUGUUACUCGAAAAUCAGCUGCCCUGGUUUGUGCUCGAGUUUUUCUAUAAGCUAAUUGAGGGUGGCAACGCUAACUCUCUCGAUAAAUUGGUAUUCGACUUCUUCAAAAAUUCAGUGGCUUAUGACAAAAUUUUGAGAGACCCCAAUCCCAAGUCUUCUGAUAACAUUCUUCACAUACUUGAUCUGAUUAGAACUGCCCUCGUUGGUAUCCCAGGUUUGAAGGCUGCCGCCAAAACAGACAUCCACCCGCCCCACCUGCCGCAAAGGAUACCGAGUGUUACUGCUCUUUCAGACGUAGGAGUUAAAUUUAAAAAGGGCCGCCCAGGUUGCAUAUUGAACAUAACAUUCAAAAACGGCGUUUUCACAAUUCCUCCUCUGGCUGUCGAUGAGAGGACAGGUACUUUGUUCAGUAACCUUACGGCCUACGAGCUGUGCUAUCGCGGUUGCGUGCAAAGGAUAAUAUCCUAUGCAGUUUUGAUGAAUUACCUCAUCGAUACGAAAAAGGAUGCGGAUCUUCUAUGUGAGGAAGAGAUAGUAGCCAGCUUCGAUAAUAUCGAUGCUUCGAAGUUCUUCGAAGAUCUAACCAAUGACACCACAGUCACUGAUUUUAUCUAUGAGGGACUCUGCAGAGAAGUGUGUAAUUAUCUCGAAGAUCCACUGAACAAGAUACCAUGGAACAAGUGGAGAAAGGAAUUGAUACGUUAUUUUAUCGCUUAUUUUGCUGCUUUUGUUCUCCUGGUCCUCACCUUCUUGCAGACCGCAUACUGA